GCGGCACGACGCUGCGAGACAAGACAGUUGUCGUCGUCGGCGGCGGCUGGCGGGCGUGUGUGGCACACUGUGUGCGCGCGCGUGGCGUGUCGACUUAUCUCCGUUGUGACCUGCUCCGCCUGCUCGGCCUGCUUUGAGGCAUGGCGUGGGCCUCUCGGUCGAGUGCGUGCGCGUGACGGGGCGCGGGCCAAGGCGGCCGGACCGGACAGUGAGCGUGUGUUAGUGAGUUGUUGUUUUGACAAAAGGCCCCACACCGCGGGCAUGGCUUCCUUCGACGAGCUGCAGUUGGACUGGUCGGCGCUCUGCCAGGACUGCACGGACUGCUGGACGCCCGAAGACCUGCAGCUCGCGGCCGAGCUGGGCAAGACGCUGCUGGAGAGGAACAAGGAGCUGGAGACGACCUUGCGGCAGCACCAGAACGUCAUCGAGGACCAGACGCAGGAGAUAGAGUACUUGACCAAGCAGACGGCCGCCCUCCGGGAAGUGAACGACUCUCGACUGCGGAUUUACGAACAGCUGGAAGUGAGCAUCCUCGACUUGGAGCGCGCCAACCAGCGACUGGCCCUCGACUCCGCCGCCGACAAGAAGCACAUCAAGACGCUAUGUGUCAAUAUUGACUCGUUGGAGGCCAGAUGUGAAGAGCUUCAAAAACAAAAUGAUGAACUGCAGAAGCAGCUUGAUAGGAAGUCUGCAAGCCCCACCUCCAAUACCAUCAACAACAACAAGUGUGAUGGCUUUGCGGAUGCACCCAAUUUGGAAGAAGCAGUGGACAGGCUCAGAGGGGAGGUGCAAGAACUCAAAGCCCAGCGCCUUCGUGAUCAACGGAGAGCCUCGAAGCUGGAAGAACAGGCACAGGCACUCAUGCUGGAAAAUCAGGUGAUGGAGGAGCAGCUAUCAAACUUACAACAGAAAGAUGAGGACAUGAAGUCCCUUCAAGAGGAAAUUAGUACUUUAGAAGAAAUCAGAAGUGGUCAGCUUUGUGGCAAAUGCACUCAAAAGAUGGACACUCGAAGUCCAUUUUAUGAGAGCUUGCAACUACUGGAGCAAUCUAGUGGAGGUCCUGCAGAGCAUGGUGAUGAUGAGGAUGUUAGUGUCAUUGACUCCUUCGUCAGUGACUCUCAGCGAGCAUCCGUUCUUCUCCAACUUCAGGAACGUUCGAGUGAGAACCCAUAUCGAGACCUGGUUCAGAAGUACGAAGCCCUCGUCCAAAUUCAAUCUCACCCAGCACCUAGCAGGCGCUCUAGCAAGCCGAGUCUUCUGCCAUCUCACCUUGGUACCUCUGCUGUUCUCCCUGCUGUUCCUGCCGCGGCGCUCUCAUUACAAGAAGAACUACAGAUGUCAGGCGACUUCAACAGCUUCAGAAAUGAGGAUGAUGAAAGCGGUAAUGAAGACAAUGAGGGUACCUUGGUCUCACAGAAAGCCAACAGGAGUGUGCGAUCAGCAGCAGCCAAGAAAAAUGCUGGGCCAAACAAGACCUUCUCAACAACUCCAACUGAUUUCUCUGAGGCUGAAACAUCAUCUUCAGGAUUUUCAGAUGAGACCAGUAACAAGGCGACCCAAACGGAGUCCCACCGUCUGCCUGGUUCAUUUCUGUGCACAAUUGUUGAUGGUGAAGAUUGUCGUUUCAGCAUAUACGACAAUGCAAGUCCUGUUGAUGGCCGCUUCCGCAAUACACCUGAAUACCGCAGCCUGUUUAGAGAAAUUUUUGACAUCUUAAAGAAAGCGGCAGAGGCCAAAGAUGAGGGUGAAAAGCUUCCAUUACUUGAUGAUAUUACACUACCCAUUGACCCUCCCCGUGUGCCUCCUGUGACUCCUGCCAAGGAAGAGUUGCCUUUGCUGAAAAUGUUAGCUCAGGACGGAACGCAAACCUCAAUUAUAUCAGAAGAACCCUCGGAAAUUUGCUCAGAGAUUUGUUCUGAGAUUGUGGCUGAUGCUGAAGUUGAAAGGGUUACAGCUUCAAUUGCUGAAGAGCUGUCUCUGAUUGCACCUUCAACUAGUGCGGGGGAAAGGAAAGCCGAGGCUGGUCCAGCAUCCUCUCCAGCCUCAGCCUCGGCUUCCACAUCUGGGUCGAAUGCUGAUACAGAAGUAGGAAAGUCCUCCGAUCGUGCUGGAGUAUUUGAGCCCGAGCCAAAACCUGCAUCACCUGCACCCAAGAGGGACAUUAUGGAAUACUUGGCCAUGGGACUGGGACGCAAGAAAGGACACUCUCGCAAGAAUUCUCCUCAUGCCUCUCCCAGGAAAGGGAUUGAGAGGAUUGACCCUGCUAGUUUGACGGUUGGAGGUCUAAAUGCUAAGAUAACCCCUGUCAGGAGUGGUCGUCAAAGACGAAGAGACAGAUAUGCUGAAAGUCCAUCUCGCAAUUCUGAAAGUCCCAACAGACAGUCUGACAGCCCGUCACGCCAUAGCAACCACUCAAGAUCACCUAGUGGCCACAGGAAUUCCGCCUCUGCAAAUGCAUUAGCUGCAAGGUGUCGUAGGGAAGUAGAUGAGUUUACAUCAAACCAAGCUGGUUCAAGCAGAUCUCUGGCCGGAUCACAGCCUCAAAGUCCCUGGAACUUCAAUCCAAAUUCCUCUGCAUCCCAGGAAAUAGCAAGGUUGAAGAAGCUCGAAAUGUCCUAUGCUGAUGUACUUAGAAAAAGGCCUACAUCCCACCAAAUGUCCUCUCAGGCUCAGACAAUGGUCAAUAAGUGCACGCAGGUAGCACCUCGAAAGUCAUAUCACCAUAAGAAAUAAGUGUUGAGUGUGUUGAGUUCUUUGUACUGUGCCGUGUCCCAGAUUUUAAUGAUUGAGUUCAGAGUACAAUGAAAACAUUAAAUUUUGUAACCUUGACUGUGGAUUGAGAAUCCAGUGAAUUGUGUAAGGUAGGGAUUAACAUAAGCAACUGUGCCAAUGUUUCUUUCUGUCAUAUAAAAUUAUCUGAAAUUUUCUCUCUUCAGUUCUGGUUUUAAAGAGGGUAAGAACGUGUCUUUUUAAUUACAUAGCUAAUUGGACUUUUUCCUCUAUCAUUUUAAACUGCUCUGUGUGUUCUUUUUAAAUGACAUAGUGUUCCAUUUGUCUUUACAAUAGAAUUUUAUGAAUUUUCUAGACAUGUAAUUUUCAUCUUGUGCCAUUUCCCAUUCUUUAUGAAAGCAUAAUCAAUGUAAUUAACAAAUUGUAGCUUAAAGCAGGUUUGUUGUUCAUAGAUUCUUUUACAAUAUCAACAUUGGAUCUGUAAUUGUGCCAAUGUUCUGAUGUCUCAGAUGAAAGUCUAGUGUUUGUUUCAUAUUUAUGAUCUUAAAUUUUGUUGUAUUUAUUGAUUUGACUGUACUGAAUUUACAGUUUCAUUACAUUCCCAAAGACAAGUAAAAAAAAUUUUCUUGCAUGAAUUUUACAAUUGAACAUGUAUUUUAAGUAUAUUCAAUGUGGGUGAAGUUUUGUACCGGUAAUGAUUCAGUAUUAUGAUUCUUGAUCCUUGUGUUUUUGUAGAAUUGACUAAAGUGUAUGAAUGUACAGAAAUAAAACUUCCAUCCCAGAAG